ACUCUCCCUCCAAGCGAAGACUCGGUGAAAUAAGAGUCGACGUUAAUGGAAGAGUUGGGUGCAGUUUCUGAACCCUGUGUUCACACAGAACAAGAAGAUGAUAAAUCAAAGUUACCAGAGACAGAUUUACUACAGCCUCCAGAUCCUAAUCCAACAGGUCAGCCUGGUGCAGCUUGGAAAAGUGGGCUAUUUGCUUGCUGCAAUAAUCCAUGCAAUGCUCUCGUAACUGCUUUACUCCCUUGCGUGACGUUUGGUCAGGUUGCAGAAAUGGUAGAUGAUGGCAACAUCGCAUGUUGUACUAGUAUAAUGCUUUACAUGGGAAUGUGCUUCGGGUUGUGCGUGGGAAUAGGCUUAUGCUGCAAGUGGAAGUAUGGGUUAUGUAAACAGACAGCAGAGUACCGAACUAAACUGAGGAACAAGUUCAACCUUGCAGAGAGUCCUGCACUGGACUGGGUCACUCAUUUAUGCUGUCAUUGUUGUGCUCUCUGUCAAGAAUACAGGGAGCUUCAAUCCAGAGGCUUCGAUCCUUCUCUUGGUAACUUCUCCUAACUCAUAACAUGUCAUCAUCCUAUUUAUCGACUUAUAUAAGGUAUCAAAUCUAUAACAAAGUAUUCAGGGCAGAGCCAAGAUUGUAAUUACGACUUAAGAGGUGGCCAGAUGAUAUAUAAAAAAGAUUAUGUACCAUACAAAAAAAAUCCA